AUGGGUAUAGUUUCAGAAGACUCCAGAAUUAUCAAUAUUCAAGUUCGACAACAACUAACUAAUGUCGAAAUUCAAAAAUUGCGAUUAGCAAGUCACAUUGAUGAUAAUACUACCUUAAAAAAUGAUCUUUUUGUGGCAUAUUCUGAAUAUAUGAACCAGCGUAGAUAUAUUAUAACACACAUUAUUAAACUUUACCGAUACAUUCGAUAUACACUUUUAAAUAAUGAUGGAGAAUUCUAUUUACAUAUCAAGAUUCAUAUUGGCGAUAUUGUAACUAUAAAGGAAGAAAAUGACAAAUCCUAUGCUAUUGUUAAAGCAAUCUUUACUCACAAGUAUAAUGAUGGGCAUGUGUAUGCCUUUGUUUGGAUUGAUUGGUUAAAAAAUACUAAGCGUGCCGAUUCUCUUUUAAGAUAUCCAAUUUUUGAAAAACAGACGAUUCAGAUACAAAAUG